AGGUCAUUGCCCUCAUGUUUGAGCCAAAUGGGUGGUGCCCUGGGACAAUGUGUCAUGGCUGGGCUUGUCUAUUUAAUUCGGAACUGGAGAACAGCACAGUAUGUGAUGGCAGCGAUGUAUGCGCUUGUUGUCCUCUACAUGUGGUGGAUUCCUGAAUCUGCAAGGUGGUUGUUGAGUCAAAGAAGAAUUCAGGAAGCAAAGAUUUUGAUCAGGAAAGUUGCGUCAUUGAAUAAGCAGGAAAUCCCAGAUCAUGUGUUGGACAAUAUGGAAAACGAAAAUGAAACCAGAAGUGGCGCAAUGAAGAUCAUUUUCACUAUACCGCUGUUGGUGAAAUAUUUGUUGAUUAUUGGCUUUGUCUGGGCUUCAGUAACUCUAGGCUACUUCUGUAUCGUCCUGAAUGUGGGUACCUAUGGUUUGGACAUUUUUCUGGUUCAGUUCCUGUUUGGCAUCACGGAAAUACCUGCAAACCUCCUCUGCAUUUGGUUUUUGGAAUUGUUGGGGAGAAAAAAAUCCCUCAUUUUAACCCUUUUGGCAGGUGAGGGGUUUUGCCUCUUAACCCUGGCUUUUUCUCAAGUCAAUUCUGUUGCUAUUGUGGCGCUUGUAACUACAGGGAAGUUCUUUUUAGACUGGUCGAGUUCCGUGUGUAUGGUCUACUCUCAAGAGCUCUUUCCCACUACGGUCAGGCAAACAGCAGUUGGUUUGGUGUCUACGUUUGCGAAAGCCACCAUGCUGCUCUCUCCACUCGUCAACAUGUUGGCUGUAUACCACUGGACAAUACCCAUCAGCGUCUAUAGCAGCCUCGGCGUUUUUGGUGGAGCUUUGGUUUUCCUCCUUCCUGAAACCAGCAGCAUUGACCUUCUAGAUUCCUCCAAGGAUAUUGAAGGGAACAGAAAAGGGGUCGCUGCAAAAACAGGAAGGGACUCCAUGCAGGCUGAAAAGUGCAAAGAAUCAACCAAACUGUAG